AUGGUAAAAAGCGCAAGCAAAAACAAUGACACGGAAAUGGAUGACCUCUCAGUCAACAUAAACAACAGCAACGAUUUUAACAGAGUCCUAAACGAAAUUAAGUUAAAAGAAUUUCAUCAUGAAAAAUCAAAAAGGAGAAAGGACAUCAAAAGUAAGUUAAAGCUAAAAAAUGUCAACGAUGUCGAAAAUGACAUAGUAAUCUUAAACUCGCAGUCGGACAAAGGCACAAAGAAGAAAAGGAUUCUUAGCAAAAAUAAAUCGAAAGAAAAAUUGCUGCAAAAUGAUGUGAGUUCAAUGAACACGCAAAACGCAAUGGACGCGCAAAACCCAAUCGACACACAAAACAGCCAUUUGUACGACACGCCCGUUUUCCCGCAAAUCACCUCCCUAAUUCUCUACCAUGAAAAAGAAAACAACAACUCGGAAUCCUCCAGCAGCAUCAAAAAUGCAAUAAACGAAAAAAUAAAAAAGCACAACUCGAAUCAUCAAAUCGAGAAACAUACCAUAUAUGAUAUCUACGCAAAGACGUUAAAAAAAUUGUCAAUUGAAGACGAAAGUGACGUCUUAAAAGAAAGUGAUGAAGGCAGCUUUUAUUUUAAUAUGAACAAAAUUUCAGACAAAAGAAAAAGCAAUAUAAAUUUUUCAAACUCGAACUUUUCAAAUAACACCUCAGAUGUGUCCUCAUAUAAUUUGAUUCCCACGUAUGAAACUAAGGGCAGUAAUGUGGACAAAAAAAUAAACCACCAAAAUGAGAAGGACACAAAAUUGAGGGAAAUAAAACAUAGCGAUAGUGGUGCACAGCCGAAGCAGCAGCGCCACCACAGUAAGGAGAAAAAAGCGCAAAAGGAAUUGGAACAGCUUCCAAGAAAUGAAGCCCCAGAAAGUGACUCAAAUUUCUACUACGAUGAGAAAGCUUUUAACGUUUCGCACCUGAACAAGGAACAUCACAGUUGCAAAAAUGGUGCUCAUUCUUCCGAUGAAAAACAAAGCAUAAAGGGAAUGGUAAAAGGAAAAAGGGUGGGCGAUAGAGAACGAGGCGAAGAAUCAGAUAAGUACGAACAUGAAAGGGAUACAAAUGGAGGUACAUACAAAAGUGGAAAAAAGUGCAAAUUAAAAGGUGUAAGCGAAAAUGUAGAUUUAGAUAUAAACACACAGCCCUACGCGCGUGAUGCAAAGUUUCCUGCAGACUUCCUCAACACGAACGAAUCAAAAUCGUUAGCAAACGAAUACCUCACACAGAAGGAACGUGAUUAUUUGAACAUGUCCAACUCUUUGUCCAUUGAAAGCUUACGCGAAAAAGCAAGAGAAGAAAUGCAGAAUGACGAAAUGGGAAAUGAAAAAUGUGAUAUAGCCGACACAAAGGGAAAGGACCAAAUCGUAAGUAACUAUGAUGAUGACGCGUAUGGUGCAAAGGGAUCAAUCCAGACAUCACUAAAAGAUAUACCCGAAAUUAAUACGUACCAUUCACUAAACACUCUGUUACACAAAAAAAAAAAAUAUAUAAACGGAAAACCAAAUGAGAAUUACGCAACAUCAGAAAUAACCACAACGGAUUCUGAGUACUCGAUAGAUGAAAAACUCAAUAUAAAUAUGUCAUAUGAAGAUUUUAAAAAUAAGAAGAAGGAAAGUGAAAUGCUGUCUGUUGUACAGGUCAGCAAAAGUAAAGAGAAGUUACUAAAAGUAGUAAAUAGUAAACAGAUUUUAAACAUUAGGAAGCUGCUAAGAAUAAUGCGAGAAUUUUAUAUAGGAUUUAUUGGUCUACAAUUAAUUUAUUUUAUAACGUAUCUUCUCUUUGGUAACAAUAGCGUCUACUUAAUUCAAAUUGUUUCCAUAUCUUGCACCUCCUUCUCCUUGUUGGAUGCCAAUUACCACGGCUACUUAUUAAAUGGCUUUAUUGACCUCUCUGUUGCAAUUUUUUUAAAUAUAGCUAUUGUAGAAGACAUUUCCGGUUUUAAAAGCUUAAAAUCUAAUGAUGUGUUAAAAAAUAUAACCCUGUCGAAUGUCGUUUUUUUGUACUUCUUUUCUGCGUUUUCGUUUUUGAAUGGCUAUUAUAUACACAAAUUGCAUUCCAUGGAGAGAAGAAAUAUAAAGCAUGUAAUACGGAGCAUUGAGUCGAAGGCGGAUCAGGCUGUUAAAAGCGCCACGCUGGAUGCCUCACCUUCCAAAAGUGUUCAUUAG